ACUCGGUGUCACGACGGGAGGAGACUCAGGCAGGCCGCGCUCCCGCCUCACUCCCCGCCCCGGCUCGUCGUAGCGCUCUGAGUCCCUUUCCAGCGCCCCCAGCUGCGGGGCCGUUCGCCCAGACUCGCACCAAACUUUUCCGCCCUGGGCUCGGGAUCCUGGACUCUGGGGCCUGCCCGCCCGCCCCCUUCCCGGGUUCCAGUCUCUGUACUAGGAGCGAGCAGCCCCCCUCCCUGCGUCCCUCCCUCUCUCUCCAGCCUUUUGGGGAGGGGCUCUCCGCGCUCCGGAGAGCUCCCGAGGGUCACCAGCGCCGCACUCGCCUUUCCGUGUCGCCUUCACCUGGAUAUAAUUUCCGAGCGAAGCUGCCCCCAGGAUGACCACGCUGGCCGGCGCUGUGCCCAGGAUGAUGCGGCCGGGCCCGGGGCAAAACUACCCGCGCAGCGGGUUCCCGCUGGAAGUGUCCACCCCUCUCGGCCAAGGCCGCGUCAACCAGCUCGGCGGCGUAUUUAUCAACGGCCGGCCGCUGCCCAACCACAUCCGCCACAAGAUCGUGGAGAUGGCCCACCACGGCAUCCGGCCCUGCGUCAUUUCGCGCCAGCUGCGCGUGUCCCACGGCUGCGUCUCCAAGAUCCUGUGCAGGUACCAGGAGACGGGCUCCAUCCGUCCUGGUGCCAUCGGAGGCAGCAAGCCCAAGCAGGUGACAACGCCGGACGUGGAAAAGAAAAUUGAGGAAUACAAAAGAGAGAACCCGGGCAUGUUCAGCUGGGAAAUUCGGGACAAAUUACUCAAGGACGCGGUCUGUGAUCGCAACACCGUGCCAUCAGUGAGUUCCAUCAGCCGCAUCCUGAGGAGUAAAUUCGGGAAAGGCGAAGAGGAGGAGGCUGACCUGGAGAGGAAGGAGGCGGAGGAAGGCGAGAAGAAGGCCAAACACAGCAUCGACGGCAUCCUGAGCGAGCGAGCCUCAGCACCUCAAUCAGAUGAAGGUUCUGACAUCGACUCUGAACCAGAUUUACCACUAAAGAGGAAACAGCGCAGAAGCCGAACCACCUUCACAGCAGAACAACUUGAAGAACUGGAACGUGCUUUUGAGAGAACCCACUACCCUGAUAUUUAUACCAGGGAGGAACUGGCCCAGAGGGCGAAGCUUACUGAGGCCCGAGUGCAGGUCUGGUUUAGCAACCGCCGUGCAAGAUGGAGGAAACAAGCUGGGGCCAAUCAACUGAUGGCUUUCAACCAUCUCAUUCCGGGGGGGUUCCCUCCCACUGCCAUGCCGACUCUGCCAACAUACCAGCUGUCGGAGACCUCUUACCAGCCCACGUCUAUUCCACAAGCCGUGUCGGAUCCCAGCAGCACUGUUCACAGACCUCAACCACUUCCUCCAAGCACCGUACACCAAAGUACUAUUCCUUCCAACCCGGACAGCAGCUCUGCCUACUGCCUCCCCAGCACCAGGCAUGGAUUUUCCAGCUAUACAGACAGCUUUGUGCCUCCGUCGGGGCCUUCCAACCCCAUGAACCCCGCCAUUGGCAAUGGCCUUUCACCUCAGGUAAUGGGACUCCUGACCAACCACGGUGGGGUACCACAUCAGCCCCAGACCGAUUAUGCGCUCUCCCCUCUUACUGGGGGCCUGGAACCUACCACCACGGUGUCGGCAAGCUGCAGUCAGAGACUAGACCAUAUGAAGAGCCUGGACAGUCUGCCGACGUCUCAAUCCUACUGUCCACCCACCUACAGCACCACGGGCUACAGUAUGGACCCUGUCACAGGCUACCAAUAUGGGCAAUAUGGACAAAGUGCCUUUCAUUAUCUCAAGCCAGAUAUCGCAUAAGUGAACUGUCCACUUGGAGCUAAAACUGGUCCUGUUUCUGGUCUUCACAGCCUAGACAUGAAGAAUCUUCUCAGAAAAAAAAAAAACCCUUUUGGGGUGGGGGGUUCCUGACAAGAGACAAAGGAGGGUGAUUGAUUUUCUUUCUCCAAUAAUUUGUUUCCAAUUCUUUUGAACAUGUUGGACAAAAGCAGUGAAGACGAAGAUCUGGAGGGAUAAAAGACAAAUGCAACGUUUUAAAGCAAUGGCUUGACACGGCUAUAAAUCAAAAUAUCCCAACUUCUUAGUGCUGAUGAUCAAGGAGCUAAAACAUUCCAUUUUUGUGUGUAUGUGUGUAUCUGAGAUUUACCUGGACUGGUUUGGGCUAGCAGAAUCUUCUAAAAUACAGUAGCAGAAAACUCUGAAAUAUAACAUGUUUGAUGUGUAAUGUUGACACUUCUACAACUUUAAAAGUGCUCACUUCAUGGAGCAAGAAUGGAGGAAUCCUUGACUUUUACACACUGGAAAUUGAUAUAAAAAUAAAUGCCACCAUUUUUAGGAAGGUAGACUAGAUGUGAAGGACCUCCCAAAUAAAUUAUUUGUUAUGAUAUCCUCAUCUGUAAUCUAGUUGUCAAUAAAUGUCCUGGACACAUCUUGCUAACAGGAUAUGGGCUAACAGGAAGAAACGCUUGUUUUCUUUUCUGGUGUGGGGAGAGGAGUGUGACAUUUUCCCAGUUCAUAAUCAUUUGGAAGCCCACCUGGGUUGGGGGAAGGACGUGGUAGAGAGAAAGUGACAUACAUUCACAUAUCUGCUUAUCAGUGUGCAAUACUGUGUACCUCAUGGAUGCAUUGGCAAUGGCCAAGGCGACAUAAACAAAGUCAAAACUAUAUUUUUGCAGGUGCUUUUAUUUACGCAGCCCAUAAUUCAUCAUGGUAGAGUGCAGUGAUGUCUGCCAUUUGCUGGACAACCAAUCCUCGGCUUGCUCUUUUGAUUAGUGAACCUGUCUGAGAAUAAUGCUUUUAAAAAUGAUGACGUUUACAUUCUUCUCUUUUCUAUGAAAGGCAGGGCAAGAACAGAAAUGUUCAUGUGGCUCUCGUGUACUUUUAAAUUAUACAAUGAUAUCCAAUAUUAAAAGAUUAUAGGAACUGAGGUUUACAUACGUUUGUGUGGUGACAUUUUAGAAUGUCAAUAAAUUUGUUUUUUGAAAUGUUAAGAGGAACAAGAAGGUGGAAGGCAGUGUUAUUUAUUUCUUUCUAUUCUUGGAACCAUGAAUGGGGUAGGCACAAAUACAUUCCUUUUAGCAUUAAGAGCUAUGAUGUAGUGCAUUAGUGAAACUAGACAUAGUACCAAGUUUAGUUCAUACAUUGGUCUUAGAGGGGAUGGAACAAGAGAAGUGCUAUCUUUGUGUUGCAGCCUCAACCAACAACAAUGUGUUGUAAAAAUGUCUUUCAUGUAAAAAGUGCAGUAAAUAUUUACUAUUUAUAAUGAAUAAACAGUUAUGAAAACUU